AUGACGAGGCGACGGUUCCAGGCGGGGUCUCCCGGGGCUGCAGACCCCGAGCCUAGGCCGGAGGAGCAGUCGCAGCGGAUGGGUUUCGGUUUCAACGUCGGGUUCGGGACGACGUCCAACUCCAGGACCAUGCCGCCGGUGGUGAGACGCGCGGAUACCACCGCGUUCGUCUCCACCCCUCGCGGCCCGCUCCAGAGUCAGCAUCUGGUCGACCAAAACUCGGGUUCGGGAGCGUCGACGCCGAGGUCGGCGCGGGACUCGCACGUCGCCGAGACGUACGGCGAGUGCGCGGUGUGCUUCGACCCGCUGUGUGCGCAGCGCACGGCCGUGCUGACCCAGGAGCACGGGCGCGGGAUGCGUAAGGAGCGGACGCGGUCGUGCGCGCACUUCUUUCACCUGGCGUGCGCCAACGAACUUCGCGUCCAUCACGCGAAGUGCCCCAUCUGCCGCGCGCCGUUCAACGGGGUUCUCCCCGUGCCGUCGCCGGGGGAGGACCCCGACGGAUGGUUCGCCGCGGUGGACGUGGAUGGUGACGGGCGGCUGAGCCCCUCGGAGGUUCUCGAGGCGCUGAGGGCGCAGAUACGAUGCGACUGGCACGCCAUCGAACGACAAUUGCCGAAACUUUGGCGGAGGUGGGACGUAAACGGCGACGGCUACGUGGAGAAGAACGAACUCGUCAGUCGCGGUGGACUCAUCGAGUACGUCACGAAACACUUCCCAAAGAGGGAACAUCGCGAGCGGCCUCCACCGCCGUCCAUAGCGCGCGCCCCCAACGAGUGGUUCGAGUACUGGGACGAGGACGGCAGCGGUGAGCUGGAGAAAGAGGAGGUUGUCCGCGCCCUCGUCAAAACCUUCGGGCUCGGCGCGGACAUGCCCUCGCUCCGGAACAUACGACAGAUCGUGGACGCGGUGUGGUGCGUUUUCGACCCGGACGGGAGCGGGGCGGUGGACAGGCGGGAGUUUUUGAUGCGGGACGGACUCGCGGACACGAUAGUCGCAUCCGCCGGGGCUUGGCGGACGUGA